GCGGAACGGAAUAGCGAUUAAUAUAUCUUUAGAGUGGACGUAAUUGGCGCUUGCCAUUUUCAAGUUCAACCGAAACCAUCUUGUAUGCCAUCAUGUAGCGUGCAUGUAGCACGGCCUUAAGGCCAGUCCAUACGAGAUUCCUUCUUCCCCAAUCCAAUAAUUUCGACCGAUAAAAUUGAAGUGUGAACGCUAGAAUAUCAAUUCGUGACGCUAGUAUACACGUUUGGGGGCAUUUUUAAAUUUACAGCGUGCAAAUAUCACCAUAAAUCUGAAAUUGGUGAUUCAAUUGGAGAUAGGCGCCAAUUUAUUUUCUGAUCAUAUCGAGCGAUCCCGUCUGGACUAGCCAUUAUCCGAAAAUCCGACGAAUGUCAAAUUUACUGUCAAUGUCAUUUAAGAACAUGAGACGCAUCGCGUUUGGCUUUGCGUAGUCAGUGUCAGAGUUCCUGUUCCUGAUCGUUGCAGUUAAACAGCGUAAUUUACAUUACUAGAUUUGCGAAUCACAAGUUUUCGGCGAAAUUUUAUGACGCACUUUUAAAUCGUAGUAAUAAUAGUUCCGUUAUGGGUGACGAAUACCAUAAGCUAACCGCGGAACUUGACGCAAGGGAAGUACUGCAAUACUUAAAUCAUCUAGGAAUUCAAAAUAUAAGCGGAGAGGUUUUGAAACACUUUAUUACAGAUUUAAAGAAAUUAAUCAAGUAUGAUCUUCAGCAGAAAUAUGCAACUGAUCAUGAGAACAUUCCAACACAAGGUCCGGAAAGGCUCCAUAGUGCUAGUACAUUUUCAUCCAGGAUUAGAUCUCGAAUGUCAGAUAGCACAGAUUUAAAAUGUAAUAGAGAUUGCCUGACUAGAAGAAAGGCAUUGCACACACGCAAUAUACAGUCUGCUCCUAACAUUCGGCAGACAGUGCCAGAGGAGAAACCGUUAAGAAGGGCUUGCUCUUGUGUCAGAGUUGAGAAGAAGGAGUCUACAUCCAGUCAAAUGAAAACCACUACUACCACAUCAAACAAUAAUAUUAUAAGAGUUGCAAAGCCACCAGCAAUGAAGAAAUGUGAUCCUGUAUCCCUGUAUCAUUAUUACACAUCACUUUGGGAGAAGUACAAGCCUAAUGUUCCAGGAGAAAAUACCUGGUCAGACUUGAGGUGGAGUGUGAGACAGAAAAUGGCAGGUAGUGCCAGCCAAACACAUAAUAAAAUAAGCAAGAUUCCGGAUAAUCCCAAAGUAUUUGAUAAAUGACAAAUAUCUUUUAACAUCAAUGUAUCAGUGGAUCACAUUAAAAGAUAUAGAUAUUUGAACUUGGGAAUGGCAUCCAGAGUUUUCAAUGAAAUUGAUGUAAAGUAGCAAAUAUAAAUAAUAAUAAAUAAAUAUUAUAGGACAUUAUUACACAAAUUGACUAAGUCCCACAGUAAGCUUAAUAAGGCUUGUGUUGAGGGUACUUAGACAACGAUAUAUAUAAUAUAUAAAUAUUUAUAAAUACUUAAAUACAUAGAAAACACCCAUGACUCAGGAACAAAUAUCCAUGCUCAUCACACGAAUAAAUGCCCUUACCAGGAUUUGAACCCGGGACCAUCAGCUUCGUAGGCAUGGUCACUACCCACUAGGCCAAACCGGUCGUCGAAUAUAUAUUGCUAAUAUGGUUUACCUGCCUGUUUACACCUUGAUUAAUGUUUAGUGUAACACUAAUCAAUGUGUAAAUAGGCCCAUUGUUUAAGUGACUGGUGUAACAUUCAUAAAUAAAAUUGUUAUUAUUUCUGGUUAGUUUCUGGAGCAUAUUUUCAUAAAAAAAUAUGACUUGUGUUCAUAAUAAAAUGUUGCACACAUUUGAGUAUGCACAGUCGGCGUCUAAGAUAUGUAUACAUUUUUCGCCUUAUUACAAAGAAGUAAAGUGCAAAAGUGUAAAGUAAACAUAUCUUUGCGAUUUAUUGUACACAGUUGGCUUCUGUCUAUAUUCUCUUUGUAUAAUGGCAGUAAAGUUAAGUAACAAUUUUCAAUGAUUUUUAAUAAUUAAUUGAACCAAUUCUUUCAAGUUAAGCUAAACCACACCUGCUGUAAAAAUAAAAUGUACAAUACCUUC